UGCUUUGACGUGGUUAAAGCUUUGUUCUGGGCGGAGCGCCUUGCUCCCGUGCUAAAGCUAUCGAUCGCAGCAAAGCCAAUGAAUUUGCGGCAAUAUAAGAGGAUGCCAUAAUUAUAAACGAUUUUUCCCUACUAUUUUCAACACAUUCAAUGGACGUCUCUAUCCCUGGACAGACUCAGUUGUCGCCACUUUACUACCCUCCUAGACCCAUAGGUGGUUUCAUGCAGCCCGCCACUUUCCCCAACUCUUAUCAAAAUAAUGCUUUCUAUGUCCUUCCGAACAAUCUCUACCAGCAACAUCAAGUUCAAGCUUCGAAUGGCUCGUCUUCAUACCCGCUUAACCCUACUUUCGGGAAUUUUGCCCCCAACCCGGUGUCGGUCUGGCCACAGCCGUCUAGUUCUUCCCACAUAGCCACUUUUAAUUCCUAUCCCUUUAUCAACGAAUUUGCCGUCAAUCCUUCGACCAACAUCCUACGUUCCAAACGCGACUCACAAAGCUCGAUAGCUACUUUCGAGUCCAGUAGCUCGGGAAAGCGUCCAAGACAAGAAGUUGAAGACCCAUCAGGAUCAUGGCCAGAUUCUAAGAAGACAAGGAGUAAUUCAUCGACGGAUAAUUCGUCUGCCGUAUCGGGACCGAACACUGAAGUACAGCCAGGAAGCACAGCCAAACCGCCUUGUUUGGGCUACAGAACUGUCGUUCUCUGUAACGACGAGCUCCGAGAGCAGUUGAAGUCGACACCGGAGCAGAUACCCCAGAACUCCCGGCUAUUCUUUCUCGGAGGCUGUCCUAUUGUCGCUCAGAUCAACCAACCGCUUCCUUCCGCAGAAGAGAGGGCCAAGCGAGAGGAGGAAGCCCGUAACAAAGAUCGAACUACCGGCAUACCAUUGACUCCUGAGGAGACCCAGUGGUUGAUUGGAGCUUAUCACAGUAAGACUCGUAGGAAUCCAGCUACCAAUGUUCCUCUCGACGUCUUGCCUCACACCUCGGAGCGGGUUGGCCGUUCACAUCAAUACCAAUUCGAUUCGGCUCCAACUCCUCAUCAGCUUAGCCAGGUACAUCAUCAACAGCCCGGUCACCGCAACCAGGACCUAUACGUCGAUGCUGCUGUGCAAAAUGCUUUACCGAAUCAAGCGCAGCCAGUUUCCCUUCAAUGGGAACCGAUCCCUGGCGAUAUAAUGAUGCAUGGAGCGGGUGGGUCAUCCCAAUCUCCCGCAGCCGCCUCCGGAUUUUUGGAUACCGGCUCGCGCGCGCCAUACAAUGGGAUGGCGGAAUCCACGUCAGACUGUAUUCCACGGGCUAUGAAGGAACCUGCUUCUUAUCCCCCCUCUAAUCUUGCGAAUCAGGGCAGCAACUUUGCCGUCGGGCCUAACGGAAGUUCUCCAACAUUAAUCACGUCGCCAAGCUGUGAUGACACUGCGGUCUUAAUGAAUCAUGGCCAUUUUGAGGGUGUGCCUCGACCGUUUCAAGUUUUUCAAGGUUCAGAUGUGUUUGAGAGUCUUUGCAAGAAGACGAAAGAUGAUGAUGACGAUGACGAUGAAUCUCUCUUCGGGGUUUUCUCUGAAUGAUCCGAAGGUGAUACCGGCGAGAGGAGUGUCAGCGUUGUUGGAGGCGUGGGUUUCACUCUGCCAGUUGGAAGGGGCCCGUUUUGAUGAACUGAUCCCGGAGUUCCCAGCUAGGUAUCA